UCCUGAAUGUUAUUUACAGAGUUGAAACUCCACUAUUACAUUAUAUUAUUUUUGCUACUGAACGAAGGAAUGGAUGCAUUCAGAGUAUUUGAAAAUGGGUCACUUUUGCCCAGUUACUCUGCUCCUGCCAGAUGGGAUCCCUUCCAUCGUCCCCUGGACUCCAUCCAACCCUGGCAAUUCAGGCUUCUGGCAGCAGUAAUGUUGUUAGUGACCUCCCUGUCACUUGCUGAGAACCUGGCUGUAAUCCUGGUAACUUUUAAGUUCAAGCAAUUGAGACAACCUAUCAAUUAUAUUAUAGUCAAUUUGUCUGUGGCUGAUUUACUGGUCUCACUGACUGGUGGUACCAUCAGCUUUUUAACGAAUCUAAAAGGUUAUUUUUUUAUGGGAUACUGGGCUUGUGUAUUGGAAGGAUUUGCUGUCACAUUUUUUGGCAUUGUAGCUCUCUGGUCUCUUGCUCUGCUGGCUUUCGAGCGGUACAUUGUGAUCUGCCGCCCGCUGAGAAAUGCGCGCUUGAGGGGGAAGCAUGCAGCUCUAGGUAUUGUCUUUGUGUGGAGUUUUUCCUUCAUUUGGACCAUUCCACCAACAACUGGUUGGAGCAGUUACACUACCAGUAAGAUUGGGACUACUUGUGAGCCUAACUGGUACUCAGGAACUUAUGCUGACCGUACAUACAUUAUUACAUUCUUCACCACCUGUUUUAUAGUACCCUUAUUGGUGAUUUUGGUAUCCUAUGGAAAAUUGGUGUGGAAGUUAAAAAAGGUGUCAUAUGCACAAGGCAGGCUCGGGGCUGCCAGGAGACCUGAAAGACAAGUGACUAGAAUGGUUGUUUUUAUGAUCGUUGCCUUUCUAAUCUGCUGGAUGCCAUACGCUACCUUUUCUGUCCUAGUCACCACAUAUCCCUCCAUUGAGCUGGAUCCUAGUCUGGCAGCAAUUCCAGCCUUCUUUUCCAAAACAGCUACAGUUUAUAAUCCAGUUAUUUAUGUCUUUAUGAACAAACAGUUCAGGCAGUGUCUGAUUCAAAUGUUCAGUUGCAGUGCCGUAGAAACUGCAGAGUCCAACAUGAAGCUGACUUCAGAGAGAGCAAUGCUAACGGAGGGCAGAAGAGGCAGCGAGAGGACGCCCGUGGCAGUUCAUAGCACUGUUUUGAAGAGGAAAACUGGAGAUGAACACAGAGCUGACAUCCUUUGGCUCUGUUGACAGCUUCAGAAAACAAAACGCGUCCCAUGUAGAGCAGGAGAUGGCUCAUGAAUGCAACGCACUGUAGUGUAUUUCAUUGUUACAAUCACCUACUAUAAAGAUAUGUUGUCGCUGGGGUCCUGUGGACACCAGCUUUUGAGAUC